GUAAACAACCAAUGAGAGGCAGCGCUGACAAAGAUCUGGGAUGACAUCUGGCGUAUUGACUGUGUGACCAGUCUGAAAGCUGGUUUUUGCUGUUCGGAUCGUGCUUCUGUAGCUCAGAUUUAAAGAGGUUUUUCUCCCUGUUAAUUCGAAGCUCAUCCUGCCUCUUUGUUUCCAAGGAGGGAAAAGCUGGUUUAGUAACCCAAAUGGAUGCAAUACUGAAUUACAGGUCGGAGGACACUGAAGAUUACUACAAGUUACUGGGAUGUGAUGAACUAUCUUCGGUUGAACAAAUCCUGGCAGAAUUUAAGGUCAGAGCUCUGGAAUGUCACCCUGACAAGCAUCCUGAAAACUCCAAAGCUGUGGAGACUUUUCAGACACUACAGAAGGCUAAGGAUAUUCUGACCAAUGAAGAGCGUCGAGCCCGCUAUGACCACUGGCGAAGGAGCCAGAUGUCGAUACCAUUCCUGCAGUGGGAAGCUUUGAGUGACUCGGUGAAAACGUCAAUGCACUGGGCUGUCAAAGGUAAAAAAGACCUGAUGCUGGAGGAACCUGACCAGACCCCGACUAACAAGACUGAAAUUGAGGAACAGAAUAAACAAAGUGAAAUAAAGAAAGAGGAGUUGACUUCAACCACAGAGAAAAUGGAACAAAAAGAAUCUGAGCCCCUGGAGAAGUCAGUCUCCCCCCCAAAUCCAGAUUCUUCAAGUUUUUCAGAUGUGAACUGUUGGCACCUUCGUUUCCGCUGGUCUGGAGAUGCUCCCUCUGAACUCCUGAGGAAGUUUAGAAACUAUGAAAUAUGAAAUGUCCCUGCUCCAUAAAGAAAGGAGAUCAAGACUGUCCCUUGUGCUGCCAAUAUACAGUCUUUGUUCUUACACGCUUAUGUGUCAUGUUUGUGAAUUGCUGAGUAUCUAUUGAUUCUUCUGUGCUUGAACCUGUUCCUGUUUUUUAAAAUGAGAAAAUAUUCAGAAGACUAGUUUCUUUCAAUAUUUAACUAUGUUUAGUCCAUAGAUCCAGAGUAGAUUGUAUUACAUUUUUCCUUUUAUAAAAAAUCCAUUUAAAAAUUGAUGUCUGUACAGUGUAUUUAAAUAUUUCAUCGAUCUGUGAUCUCUAUUAAUGCUGGAUAUAGACAAAAAAUGUUUUCUGACUCUUGACUUAAAAUGAAAUGUGAAAUUACUGUGUAAA